UCCUCCCAUCCAAGACUGCCGUUAACGUUUCUUCCAUCGGAGCAAAAUGGAAGACGCGACGCCACUUGGUUUCUUCCAGCGGAUAUCCACCUGCGACGUGUCCCUAAGGAAGCGGCAGCGGCAGAUGCGUGAUCGCGCCAUGGCCUCCUCCGACCCUGCGGCGCCACUUCUUUUGCUGCCACCGCCGGGGCCUGCGCCGGUGUCAUCAGAGGCCAUGUCCAAGCCGAGCCCCACGAUCGUCGACAACAUCCUGGGCAUGCUCAGGUCUGGCCAGGCCUUCAUUCGCGGCGCCUUCCCCUUCUGGGGCAACUCCGGAUACGCGACUCCUCCCAGGCAGACGCCGCCGCCGCAGGGGCAGAACCACCACAACCGGCCUGGUGAAAUCAUGAAGCGGCUGCAGCGCGAAACAUUCCCCGAUGUCAUGAGGCUCAUGGACAAGCACGAGCAGAUCGAGCGCAUCCUCUCCAUGUACAUGAACGGCAAGGGCACUGGUGGAAAAACAGGC